AUGAACGUUGAAGCGUCUCUUCGGGAGCUUGGUGAGCUAUUUGACACUGCAGGCAGUAUAGCGCAGAGUAAUAUUCAUUUGGUUAGCAUACCCGAUAAGGAUCGUGAUUUCCUUGUGUGGAGGGCAAAUAUGUUGAGGUUUCAAUGCCAAUAUUUGACACAGCGUCGAGACUUUGACAUCAAUGAGCUUGACAACGGUGAUAGCCACUCUUCAGGUAGGAAAAGACUGAAGACAGAUAGUUCUGCGAGGCUAUAUACUGCAAUAAGCGAAUUCUGGAAAUUUAUUAGUAGUCGUAUUGAGACGCUGGCGGAUCAAUAUGCGUUGAUGGUAGUAGAUCAUUAUAACCUGAAUCAAGAUUUGGACUGGUAUGCCGAACAGCAUAAUGGAGUAUUUAGAUAUUUCAACGUGAGUAUGGAGAUGUUGUUAGAUACAUUUGAGAGGUUUAUUUCUCUAUUAGCACCCAUAACUGAGUACAGUUUCCUGAACUAUACCAAGAUCAUGCGUGAUUUAUGUUGUUUUCAUAGUGCUUUUGAUUUUGCUUUUGUAUCUCUCAUAAAGAAGUUGAAAUUAUACAUGGGUAGUAACUUUAAACUGAUUCUCAAGGACUCCUUUGAAGUGCUGAAGGACAAAAACUAUCAGCAAGAAGGUAAAGUACAAUACUCCCUGAUCUCAUUGUUCCAUUAUUACAAGAUUGAAGUAGAUGAGAAUGUUACUGUCAGUGAAUUUGUGAAUGAAUUAAUAAACCAUGAUAUUAGUGAACUAACCUCAAGAGACAUUAGUGAUGAUUACUUUGAAAGGAUAAGCAGUGGCGCCACAGCAGAAAUGCUUCUAAUCAAAUGUUGUGGAUUCCCUGAGCAAACCGAAAGUAGGUAUGUUUCCUUAGUACUAGACAAGCAGGUAUUCUUCAAAAUACUGGCAUGCCAACUCGAUAAACUUGACAAGAUCUUAAAGUCUGGCAAUUGUAAUAUAAAACUGAGAAAGAAUGAUGUUCAAUAUAGUCUGUGUGCCUAUUAUACACGGCAUGGGAAGAAAGAUGAUUACUAUAGAUUGGUAUCAGUAUUUUUCAAUGACCGAUUCAAAAAUUGCCCUCUAGAGAGAAAUAUAAGUGAGGUUAUAUUCAUUGAGUGCACAAAAUUGAUGUUACUUUUUUACUUUGAUAACCAGAUUCUACAGAUAUUGAUGUCUUCUCUAUGUGAGAAAUUUGGAGGUGUAUUGAAGAUGUAUGAAAAUUACGAGAAGUUACUGGAAUACAAGAUCAGAAAGUACAAUCGAAGUCAUGAACUUUGGAACAAGAAUAACAGCGAUAUCGAAAAGCCGUACAGACUCUCCGAUGAUAUAAAAAAACACCAAUACUAUGAAAGGUUCCUAAUCAUGCUUCCCUCUAGGCUAAAAUUUGACUCUUCGUUUCUGCGGCUACAUCAACAAAAGUUAUUUAGAAGAGCAGUUUUACAAGGACCCAGCAUUUAUGAGAGUAUAAGUGAUUUCAGUUAUCUGGAGAUGAAUAUUUUAUUCUCCCUGAUUUCAGAGUACGAGACCUCUGAUGAAUUCCACUACUUAUAUGAUCUAUACACGUCAUUGCGGAAAAGCUACGUAUUUUAUCAACAAUAUUCGAAAGACCAUGGAGACCAAGUGGUACCGCUUGUCAUAGAUAAGAAAAGUGUACCUACAGCAUUUCAAAAAGAAGAAAAUGAAAAUGUUAUCCUACCCGAAAUCUUACAGAGGCAGUGGGGUAAGUUAGUGGAGUACUAUAACAGCACAUUGAAGACAUCGGCUAGUCGGACCUUGGUACCUGCAUACGCUUUACAACAUUGUGAUGUUGAAACUGAAUUUUUAGUUGAAGGUACUAGGGAUAAGUAUGUGACAUUUAAUAUCUCGGUGUAUCAAACUUGUGUUCUGAACUUGUUUAAUGACCACGAUAAGUUGGACAUAGCAAAGAUCAUGCAACUCACAGGGCUGUCUGAACGGAUGAGCAAAGCAGUUAUUACAUCUUAUUUGUCGGCAGGAAUAUUCAAAGAGGACAAAGGCACAUACACAAUCGAUUCAAGUUUCAAGGCUGAUCCCAGAAAAUUAAAAGAUGGCAAGCUCAGAAUACCUAUGGCACCGGGGCCACCAUCAAGACUUAGAAGGGACACUUCAUCUAGCUCAUCAACAGCAUCUGCUACUGUGUCUACGUCAGCAUCUCAUAAUGAGGGCUACAGUUCCCUGUGGAUACAGGAAGUUAUCAAGGCUGCCAUCGUCCGUACAUUGAAAGCCAACGGCAAACCUAUGAAUUUCGACACUCUUUUCGAACAGAUCAAAACAGGAAUAAAUGGUGUAAGUGUAGGGGAGUGUAAGGAGUCAAUCAAUCGUCUAGUCUCUGAAAAAAUAAUCAGCCAGACUGCAGAAGGCUACACGUAUUAG